UCCAAAUCGAAGAUUCUUUUCUUUUGUGGCGCAACCGCAACAAAGUACUGGCGCAGCAGCCACCUUCACAUAAGUUAGUAGGUGCCUCUAACCUGGCUUGCAUAUUAUUCGGCGUAUUAGCUGUCGUGAGGUGCAUCUGUACUGCAGAUUGAUUUUAUCUGUAGUUCAUUCAUUGGCUACAAGAAGCCUGGUGUACUUCCGCCUCUUUUCCUAUUGCACAAAUGCGCAAGAUGAAGACGGAUGAUGUACUAGAGCCUGUCCUUCUUUGAAGUUGUGGGAGCACGACCGCGGGGGAACGCUGUUAAGCCGCAUUUUAAGGAAAAACUACCGUAGAAACCUACCACGUGCAAGAUGUCGGACGACGACAGUGAGGGGGGCGGUGAUAACAUUUUCGCUGCUGCAGGGGAUGUUGACCAAGGAGAAAAACCUGCACCGAAAGCCGUCCCGCAAGCCCGGGGGAGCAUGAGCGCUCUGCUUGCGAAGUUCAACCCGUUAAGCAGCAGCAGUGGUGCAACUAAACCAGGCUCUCGAGGAGGAGCUGCGACAUCAGCUGCAAGUGGAAACAAUCAUGCAAACAGCAGUUUUUCAUCAACAUCUGAGCAGCAGACGCAGGCAGCAGCAAGUCAAGAAGAUAAAGAGUCCUCCGCGGGAGCUGCAUCGAAAGCUUUUUCCACCUCAACCUCCGCAGCUCCGACCCACCUCCCGGCGAACUUCCAGCAGCAGUUGGAGAAUUCCAAGGUCUGCUUUUGCCACAACACGCUGGAGGCCAACGUGGAGCGCGCGAAGCCCUGGGACGCGCAGACGCCGAGCGUGCUCAUUGGCCACUUCUUCUUCACCUCGGCUUUCGACAGCGGGAACGGGGGGCGCAUCAUGCGCGUGCCCAAGCCCAAGCCGCUGUCCAUGGGGUACGAACCCGUUUCGGAGGACCCGGUGUGUUACGACCCCUGGGAAUACCACGUGUGGGUCUCGCCCGACUGUGCGAACACGAUUCACCAGAGCACCUGUCGGACGUGGUUCUACUUCCGGGUCACCUCGGCGGAAACAAGCUACGUGAGCGAAAAGCCCGAAGAGGAAGAAAGCGGGGGAGGACCGGCGGGCAGCGCUACUUCGGAGGGGCAGGGGAACGGAAAGAAACUGCCGCGUAAUCAAGAUGUAGUUUUGAUGUUCAUCAUGGUCCGCGUGGAAGCUGUUUUUGCAUCUCAUGUAAAGAGUAGCGGAGGUGACAGAGCACCACGAGCUAGGACUCGAGAAACAGAAAAUGCGUACGUUUUUUCGACAAACAAACCCAGGUAUCCACCCCAUGCACUUGGUAGUGCGCGGGAUGCAGAAUCAGUCGAGGCUCUACAAGGAAAACUACUCGGUCUGGAUGCGGUUUGUGGACGGGCCGUGGCACCGUGUGCCAAACAUGACGGGUCCGAAUCCGCAGGCGGCAACUCCCCGAGCAUCUGGUGUGGACCACAAACUCGGCCAGAAAAUUGGGCGCAUCGGAACGGCGAGCGGCGGGUCGCGGGCGUAUACUUAGGUUUUUCUGGAAGGUCUCUACUAACUUCGCUGUAGUUACUCCGAACAGCCCCGAAGCUGGAGUCUUGGCUGAUGCGCGUUAGCGAUUCUUUUGAAUCCGAGUUCGAGUCUUCUUGCAUUGGCAGUCGUAUUGUUUCAGCUUUUUGGUAAAUUAUCUUCGUAAAGCACAAAUCUCAUUUUUCAGUUCCACCGCCAGCGGGGAGGCGAAGACCGAGGCGCUGAUGCGGCAGACCAUGCAGCACCAGAUCGCGCAGCAGCAGCAGGUGGAAGCGGUGUGGCACGACCCGCACCAGGGCGGGACCGGGUUGAGUUUGCACUUCGUCGCGCCGAUACCGCUGGACAGCACACCCGUGGAGUUCGCGUUCUGCGUGCCCUUUUCCCACACGGACAUGGAAACUUACCUAGCGAGAAUCGAGCGCCAGUUUUUAGCGUACGACAAAGCUCUCUUUGACAGAAAUGCUGCGGAGGCGUGCGGCAUCACGAGUGGAGGCGCAGGAGCAGCCGGAAGCAAGGAACAAGCAGGUGGAUCUUCUUCGUUCAGUAAUGCUGCAGCGGCAGCCGACCAGCAGCGCCCGAAGACAACUUCCUCGGUUAGUUUUUGAUUGAAGCUUUCGUUUGUUUCAUCCUGUUUCUGAUGAACCACUGCGGAGCCUUGUUUCUUUGUAGAUCUGAUGAAUUUGACAGAAGUAGUGUCAAUUACAAUUUGAAAUCAACUAUCCCGCGCAGCAACGAAUCAUAGAAGGCACCAAAAUAAAGAACCGUUUUAUAUCAGGUUCCAGUAGGAAGCGCGACCGGCAACAUCAAGCAAGACAACAGCCAGUCCGAAGAAAGCCAGCGGGACCGAUCGUUUUCCUCCGACGGGGUCCCGGCGAGCAUCCUUUCCUCUAGCUCGAAAUACGCAAAAACGGGAGGGAACUUCCGUCUCAGCGCUGCAAGCAACCCCAUGAACUGGGUGCCGACGAGGCUCUUGCCCAGUUCCGCAAGCAAUUCAGCCUCGAGUUCGGAAGCAGGUGCUGGGAAAAAUGGUGACAGCGCGGAGAACAGUACUACUUCAUCGUCUUCAUCGAGGCCGUCGAGUUCUUCAAGCGUGCAACAAUUAUCCUCGAGCAACGUCUCCUCGUCCUCAGCCGCCGUAUAUGGCAGUGCCGCUGGUGGCAACGGCUUCGCGAAUGGUGACACGAAUCAGAAUCCUUUGAUAACCGGUAACAGCCUGUCCAGCAGCUCCUCAACCUCGCGGUCGUCUUCGAGAAACCGGAGCGGGUCUGCUACUUUUUCGGCCUUUUCCGUCCCCCCAGUUCCCUUCAAUUUCCGGACGAUCUCAGGGCUGAACAACUUCGAAUCCAUCACGAAACUCGAUCAUCUCGACAGCGAGGAAAGGCUGUUUUUCUUCCCGUAUGCAUUACAAAUAUGUCUGGGUCUGGAAGAAUGCAAGACCUGUCAUGCACAUUUUGCAUGACCCAUGAUGUCUGUGAUGCAUGCCCUAGCAUCACAGACUUUUUGAGGGCUUUCUGAUGCGUAAAGUGCAUGACAAAGGCCCUCUCCGCGUAGCACAGACUCGACUGCUCUUACUGGUCAUGCAAUACAAAUUUUUUUGGAAUCCAAAUGCAGCAUCACAAGUUGCCAUCUUCCAGACCCAGACAUGUUUGCAUUUGUUGAUAUCCCGACGAAACAACACCACCGCGGCAUGCCGAUGCCGCCGAAGGGGCAGAACGUGUUUCUGCGGGUGGAGAAAUUUUGCAAGAGCUUGCAGGGGAGAGACCUGUAUUUGAUGACGAUCACGGACAAGCGGCUGUUUCAAUUCGACCCGCACGAGGCAAAGAAUCUCGGGAAAUUGAACGAAGCGCUGAAACUCCGCCCGGCGUGCUUUUUAUCCGCAAGAGUGCACCCCGGCGAGACGCCGGGCCAAUUUGCGUGGCUGGGGAUGAUCCAAUUCCUCCUCUCCGACGACGAACGAGCCGAAGCUUUACGGAGAGCCUUCGUGUUCCGCUGCAUCCCGAUUUUGAAUCCCGAUGGGGUCGCCUUAGGCCACUACCGCAUGAACAGCCGCGGGCAGAACCUGAACCGGUUCUACUCGAAAUCCUCCGCGAGCGAGCACGAGGGCGUGCACCACGCCAUGCGGUUUCUGACCGAGACCUUGCGGAAAAAUUUGUUUUUUUACCUAGAUUUCCACGCACACGCAACUAGGCGCGGGAUUUUUCUCUUCGGAAACAACGUCACCGGGAAAUCUCUACAGCUCGGGCAGGACCUGGUCGUGGAGCAAGCGUGGAACGUGACGUACAGCCAAAUGGCCGCUUUGAAUUCGCCGUAUUUCGAGACCGAAGGGUGCAAUUUUCAAAUCAAAAACCAACUCGGCGUGCCGGGAGGGAGUGGUGGGAGCGGCGGUGGAAAUAAUUCGAAAAAUGUUCUGUCCUCGACUACUGCUUCCAGUACCGGCGCCAGUACGCCGACGGGGGGUAGUGCUAGUGGUUCAACCGCCAAUCAGAAUAACGUCGGUUCGGAAUUGGGAAAGGACGGAACGGGCAGGGUCGCCGUGCACAACCACUGCAAUGUGGUGCAUUCCUACACGCUUGAGUGUAACUACAACAGCAUCAAUAUCUAAGAAAAAAACUGUGUUUUUGUAGGCGUCUUGGAGUGAUAGCAUGACAAAUAUGUUCUGCAUGACAUCACAGAAAGCCUGUCAUGCACAGCUAGCACGUGAAAACAGAUUUGGAAGGAGGACGUCGUGGCUGUCUGGCAUGACAAGUGUAAACUGUUUUGCAUUUUUUGCAUCACAGACUUUCACCUACACUCAUAGGUUUUCUUUUGCAUAAUCAACCCGGCCUCCUCCUCUAUCAAAACUCGGUGGAACGGGGGCAACUGGGAUCCGGACUUCGGCCCGGUCACCUUUUUCUACGAUGUGAACAGCUGGGUGCAGGUGGGGGAGGCGCUCGCGAUUUCUCUACUCGACAUGUACGGGCACAACUGCCGGAGUCGCUUGUUGAAUCUGCGGCAAAAUUCUCUGUCCGGCUACUUCGCGGACCGGCAUCAGGUUUUGCGGCGCGAACUCGCUACGUUAACCAACUCUCAUCCGUCGCAGGCGGCCAUGGCAGCGGCAAGUCGAAAAAACAGUGUGGCGAACGAAAGGAAGAACAAUAAUGCGAAGGACAAUAUUAAAGACGACUGGAACAGUAGCACUGCAAGCCCAACAAAGAACGGAGGUGCUGGCCAGGAGAAGGACUCCCAAGACAAAGCGAAGACAAAAACAAAAACAAGUAUCAAAGUCGCGCCCAGCGCUGCGGUCAGUAUUGAGCACGUCGGUAACCACCUCUACAAGGAGCCGUGGCAGCACGGCAAUAGAAACAGUUCCAAUUCAUCUUCCAAUUCGGGUGCUGACGUCAGCACCACCGCCAGUAGUACUAACCAGAGCCGACUGAGCAGCGCGGCGAGCAGCGCCUCUUCUAGUAGUGCGAGUAGCACAAGUCAAGCGGGAGAUAGGGACAACAACAGUCAUCAAGCGGGCUCAGCAUCAGGUUCUGCAGCGAACAAUAAGGGCGGAUCUUCAGCGCAACCAUCUUCCAUCUACCUAAUGUACAACCAAAAUGGCUCCGAAAACAGUACCGCGGCCCCCUCGGACACAGAGACCGCGAUGUCCCAGACCGACGGGGAGGAGUACCGAUGGGAGGAUCUCGUGCACAAACAAGAGAUCGUGCCCAAGCACAUCGGGACCAUGAAUUUAGCUGACCUGUUGAAGCGCGAACAAGCCUGUGCCGAGAAGUGCUGCUUGUGGAAGCAGAGUAGUACUGGUGGAUCAACAUCAUCGUCGAAGAAGGCUGCGAGCAAAAUAAACGCAGCCUCGUUGCCGAAGGGAUGUUUUAACGUGUUGAAGGAGCACGAUAGCGUCACCAGAGUGUUGCCCGAAACACUGCAGAGGAUACUUGCAAAAAUCGCAGCGGAGCAGCAGAAUUUGGUGGGGAGUGGUGGUGGUUCAGCAUCUUCAACCGCGGGAGCAGGAGGUGGUUUGGCGGGACAGAACGCAGCAGCUCCGGGAGCCGGAUUGAUACAGGGUAGUAGUUCAUCCAAAAGCCCACGAACAGCGACAGUGGGAGAUGCCAAAGAAGCCGCAAAGAUGAGCAGGCAACCGUUUGUCACCCUUCGUGUGUCCUCCGCCUCUUCUGCUGCUGCUGCGGUGCCAGAUAUUACGGCGAACAAAGACGUGACCACCUCUGCAGUCGCGAUACCGCUGGUCGUCGGGGGAAAAAGUACGCAGCAGGACAAUUCGUCAUCGUCCGACAACUCCUACUCGACGAACCAAAAACAGCUAUCCUCCACCAACCCAGAGCAACAAACCAUUGUCGCGGUAACGACAAAGAAGCCCGCCGCAGGGAAGGCGAAAGCGAAACUCGCGAAGGCAGUGCGCGCGGUUUCCAGGGCGCGUAGCUUGAGCAAAAAUGCGGGCAGCAAAAAGAAACCGUCAAAGGAAAAAGACGACCACGGGCCGCAGCUAAAUGCGUCAGGGAAUAAGGGGUCGAAGAAUGGCGGGGGUGACGGGUGAUGAAAUUUUGAAAUAAUUCGGGUAAAAACCGAUAUGGACGACGAUAUUCUAGUGUACUAAUUGGAUCGAUGAAUUUUUUUUUCCGAGUUCUUUCUGCGGCAACGGUAUCUAAUGGCACUCGUUCUUCACAUGAAGAACCCAUUCAUUGUAUAAUACAUGAAAAAGAUACCGGUAGCAUGCACAAUUCGGAGCUCUCUUUGUUCUUAGAACUUGUUUGAGACCUUAGCCAUUAAAACCUAAACCAGAUUUAAUCACCACACUAGCGCUCCUACUGCUGGUGCGCGUCAAAACCUUGAAAACCUAUAAAUUUCUUGCUUGAUGAUGAUGUUUCUAUUAUACCACGACGGUACUCGGGUUCUUCUUCGAUUUGCUACCAGACUUCUUCGGAGUUGCCUUCGAGAAUUUAGGCUCUAUGUAUGAAAAUCUCAUGCGCGGUGUCAGAAUAUUCUUUUAUGCCGUGUAUGCUCUUCCACCCUGGUAUGCAUCAAACGACGUUGUCCAAGAACGAGUACACCGCUGAACUUUUUCAAAUUUUCGUCUUGUUUGCGACUUGCAGAAUCAUGCGCAAGUCCAAGGAAAAACAAAAACAAGGUAAAAUCGCGGACAGUUGUCUUGAACUCCUUAGUUUCAAGAAUUGCGACCUUAUUUUCAGGUUCGGAGUCGUGUGUGAGAAUAUGAACUUUAUUCUGCGCG